GAUAUUUCAGUACGCAACAAUUUCUUGACGAAGAUGUUACCACUCAUCUUAUUUUCACUAAUUUUAGUUUCUGUUUCUCAGUUACAGGCUUCACCAUGGGACACCCUUUCAGCAACCAUCGCCGUCGUGGAAUUUGACCCACUCUACACGGAAACUCUCACAGACGAUGAAAUAAUAAAAGCGAACCUCCUCAAGUAUUUAGAUAUAUUAAAUACUACAGUGGUCACAAAUAAUAAGAAACUCGACAUGAUCAUAUUUCCUGAAGCAAGUCUUGGUUUUAUUCGUAAAACAUCUGUGGAAAUGGCAACCGGGGACAACCCCUUUUACCACUCCAAAGAAUAUCCAGAUUAUAUGAAAAAAUUAUCUUCUCUGGCAAUCAACUUUAACACAUACCUCGUCACUAACAUAGUUGAAAAAGUGAAGUGUGAUAACACGUCAUCUAGUGCUAGCGAAAAUUGUAAGAAUACUGGGAACUACUAUUACAACACAAAUGUAGUUUUUGAUAGAAACGGUACCAUCAUCAGUCGAUAUCACAAGUUCAAUCUCUUUGGUGAUGAGCACCUAACGGACAGAACCGAUUUACCUGAAAUAGAAACGUUUGAAACCGACUUUGGUGUCAAGUUUGGUAUUUUUACUUGCUUUGAUAUUUUGUUCCAAUAUCCAGCUGAAAUCCUCUUGAAUGCGAAUAUAGAUGCCAUCAUCUACCCCACCAACUGGCGCUCAGAGCUACCAUUUUUAACCGCUCUUCAAAGUCAGCAGAUGUUCGCUUACACCCACAACAUUAUGUUGUUUGCUGCUGGUGGAAACCUACCACUAAUGUCCGCUGGUGGAACUGGAGUUCACAGAGGUGCUCACGAUACCAUUUUGCAAACAAUUGUUGCUCAAGGAGGUUCUAAAACUUUAAUAUAUGAAAGUGUAAAUGGAACUGUGGUGGCUCCCGAAGUUCAGAAUGUCGACGAAUUGGGUAAAGAAAUGGACGCUUUCCCUACAUGGAUCGAUGACAGCAUUCAAAAUUUCACGUGGACACCUUUAGACACAAACAGUUCGCAAACAAUCGAAGAUCAAGUUUGUCACGGAAAUAACACAGAAAAGUUCUUUUGUUGUAACUUCAACAUCACUUUGACCACAAGCGAAGAAACCGGUACUUCGUAUUCUUACCUCCUGGUGGCUUUCUCAGGACUUCGGCACUACCCCAGUCUCGGACACGGUGGCUUUGAAAUCUGUGGAGUCAUCGCUUGUCUCAACUCUUCGAUAUCUUCGUGUGGUCAAAGAUUUCCGAAGUACGACGAAAUUGUGUGGCCUGUAAAGUUUGAGAAUAUUACGAUUACAGCUAAUUUCGAAGACAAUGCAAGUACGACGCAGUUUCCCAAUUCUUUGUUGAGUUCGAUUCGGCCGAUUAACGCGAAUGAGACGGAAUGGAGUGGUAAACAAGUGGAUGAAGAUGGGCAAACGGUGAUCCAGAGAACGUUCGCUUUUAAGAAAUCACAGAAUCGGGUACUGACUUUUGCUAUUUAUGGACGAGAUUUCGGACAAGAUGUUUCCGAGAGGGAAUGAUGGCGGUGAAGAUGAUUCUGAUACGGGGACUGCAAGUCCAUUUCAAGGACUUUGAUAGUUUUGAGUCUAUAAUGUACACAAGUUUUCAUAAAGCUGAAACAUAAAUUAGUUUUUAAUAU